CCAUUUGAAUAUAUGGUUCUCCUGACCAUUAUAGCCAACUGUAUAGUUUUAGCCUUAGAGGAACAUCUUCCUGCCCACGACAAGACUCCGCUUGCUGUACAGUUAGAAGCAACGGAGGUGUAUUUUCUUGGAAUAUUUUGUGUGGAAGCGUUUUUAAAAAUAGUAGCUCUAGGAUUUAUUUUACAUAAAGGAUCGUAUUUACGUAACGUGUGGAAUAUCAUGGAUUUCAUAGUAGUAGUCACCGGGUUCAUUACCCUUUUUGCUUCCACCUGGUCUUCCUCUUUUGAUUUAAGAACAUUACGAGCUGUGAGGGUUUUACGACCAUUAAAAUUAGUAUCAGGCAUACCAAGUUUACAAGUUGUAUUAAAGUCUAUUAUUAGGGCUAUGGCCCCAUUGUUACAAGUUUGUUUACUUGUUUUGUUUGCCAUUAUAAUAUUUGCUAUAGUUGGACUAGAAUUUUAUGCCGGUGCUUUUCAUAAUGCUUGUUUCGAAGUUGGUGAUAUACAUUUAGGUGAUGAACCUGAUAUACGACCGUGUGCUUUAGACUUUUAUAUUAGUUCAUAUGGUGGUUUUCGCUGCCAACAGAAUAUAUCAAAAUGUCGCGGGAAUUGGAAAGGUCCGAACUCUGGAAUAACUAGUUUUGAUCAUAUAGGAUUUGCAAUGUUAACUGUGUUUCAAUGCAUUACUAUGGAAGGGUGGACAACUGUUUUGUAUUAUGCAAACGACGCCUUAGGAAGCAUUUUCAAUUAUUUAUAUUUUAUACCUCUAAUAGUGUUAGGUUCAUUUUUCAUGUUAAAUCUAGUUCUUGGUGUUCUAAGUGGUGAAUUUGCCAAAGAAAGAGAAAGAGUAGAAAAUCGUCGAGCGUUUUUUAAAUUACGACGGCAGCAACAAAUAGAAAGAGAAUUGAAUGGAUAUUUAGAGUGGAUAUGUAAAGCAGAGGAAGUAAUUUUAACUGAAGAUAGAACAACAGAAGAAGAAAAAUAUAAAAUUAUUGAAGCACGCCGGCGAGCAGCAGCAAGAAAGAUGAAACAGUUAAAAGGGGAAGAUACUGAUGAUGAUACUAAUGAAACAAUGGAAGAUGACCUAUUAGCUGGUGUUACUAUAGGAAAAUACAAUACAAUAGGAAACACUUUUAGUCGCACCAAAAGUUCCAAGAAAACAACAGGAAAAUGUGGUACCUUUUGGAAAGUAGAAAAAAGAAUAAGAUAUAAAAUCCGUCACAUGAUUAAAAGCCAAGCUUUUUAUUGGACAGUUAUAACUCUAGUGUUUUUAAAUACAGCUUGUGUAGCAUCAGAACAUUAUGGUCAACCUGCAUGGCAUGAAGAAUUCUUAUGUAAUAUAUUUGAAGUCAUAUGGUCAACGUUUAAAAACGCAUCAUUUGGUAUUAGUGUGCUCAGAGCUUUACGUUUACUUAGAAUAUUUAAAGUUACCAAAUAUUGGUCGUCUCUACGAAAUUUAGUCAUCUCAUUACUCAACUCUAUGAGAUCUAUUGUUAGUUUACUCUUUCUACUCUUUCUAUUUAUCCUUAUAUUUGCCUUAUUGGGAAUGCAGCUGUUUGGAGGAGAGAUGAAUUUUGAAGAAGGGAGACCAUCUAGUAAUUUUGAUACCUUUACAAUAGCAUUACUAACAGUGUUUCAGAUAUUAACUGGUGAAGAUUGGAAUGAAGUAAUGUAUAAUGGUAUUAGAGCCUAUGGUGGUUCUGAUGGAAAGGGAAUGUUUCUUAGUUUAUAUUUUAUUAUUUUGGUGCUAUUUGGUAACUGUAUCCUUUUACUGUAA